CCCGGUGAUGGCCUCCGCCUCCGCCGCCAGGCCCCUCCUCCCGGCUCCCACUCCUCCCCGGAAGGGCGGCCCCUUCCCGGCCAGCGCGGCGGCGGCGGCAGCAUGGAGCGGGGGGAGGCCUACGGCUUCUCCGCCGCCAUGAGCGGUGCCUUCCUGCUGUCGUGCCUGCUCUUCGCGGCCAUCAACCGCCACCAGCGCGGGCCCUACAUGGACGAGGUCUUCCACGUCCCCCAGGCGCAGGCCUACUGCCACGGCCGCUUCCUGCAGUGGGACCCCAUGAUCACCACGCUGCCGGGGCUGUACCUGGCCUCGGUGGGCGUAGUGAAGCCGGCGGCCUGGCUCUUCGGCUGGACGGGAAGCGUGGUGUGCUCUGCGGCCAUGCUCCGCUUCAUUAACCUCCUGUUCAGUGCCGGGAACUUCUAUCUACUGUAUUUACUGCUGUUCAAGAUCCAUCAGAAGAAUAAGGCUGUGUCUGGUUUUCAGAGAAUCUUGUCUACAUUAACUCUUGCAGUGUUUCCCACCCUGUAUUUUUUUACAUUCCUCUAUUAUACCGACCCAGGAUCAGUGUUUUUUACUCUCUUUGCCUAUUUAAUGUGCCUUUAUGGUAACCAUAAAACUUCAGCUCUGCUUGGAUUUUGUGGCUUCAUGUUUCGUCAGACGAAUAUUGUAUGGACAGUUUUCUGUGCUGGAAAUGUCAUUGCAGAGAAGUUAAAUGAAGCCUGGAAGACAGAGUUACAGAAAAAGAGAGAUGAAAAGAUUUCGUCCAGGAAAGGAUCGUUUUCAGAUUUGAUCAGGAUAUUGUGGUUUCUAAUUGAAUAUCUCCUAUCGCUUAAAAACUUGGUUACACUUGCUGCUUUAACUUGGCCAUACAUUGUUUUAGUAACGGUGUUCUUUGUUUUUGUCUUCAUCAAUGGUGGGAUAGUUGUUGGUGACAGAAGUAGCCACGAAGCCUGUUUGCACUUUCCUCAGCUGUUCUAUUUUCUGUCCUUUACUGUCUUUUUUUCAUUCCCUCACUUACUGACUCCUACUAAAAUCAGGAAGUUCUUUCUGUCGUUACGAAAGCACCCUGUGCAGUACAGCUUAAUAGCUGUCAUCUCUUUAUUCCUGAUCUGGAAAUUUACCUUUGUUCAUAAGUAUUUACUAGCAGAUAACAGGCAUUAUACAUUCUAUGUCUGGAGAAAGAUCUUCCAAAGACAUGAGCUUGUAAAAUAUGUAUUAGUUCCAGUCUAUAUGUUUGCUGGCUGGAGUUUUGCUGAUACACUAAAAUCAAAAUCAAUAUUCUGGAUCUUAAUGUAUUUUGUAUGCUUAUUAGCAGUCACAGUUCCUCAAAAAUUGCUAGAAUUUCGUUACUUCAUUUUGCCAUUCUUAAUAUAUAGGCUCAAUAUUCCAUUUCCAUCUCUAUACAGACAACUUCUGGAGUUGGCUUUUUAUAUUGUUGUCAAUGCUGUAACUUUUUAUCUUUUUCUAAACAAAACAUUCCAAUGGCCAAAUAGUGAUGAAAUCCAGAGGUUUAUGUGGUGACUUUUUUUUUUUUUUUUUUUUUUUUUUUUAUACUUCCAUACCCUUAGGAAAACCCAGUUCUGUGUCAGGACUGUGGACUCUGGAACAAAGCAACAAGUUUUGCAUUAUGUGAGGACUUUUUUCCCCAGUUGGAAUUGGGGAAGUCAGCUGUUUGCUUCUUGCAACUGAAUGUCAGGUCUGGUAUGUUGUAAUGUGAAGAUGUUCCAUAUAUUGAAUUUAUGAGCUCCUGGAAUUAACAAAUUCAAGAUGAGAGGCAAUUUGAAAACACCUUUCUGUAAUUAAUGUGAAAUAAGGGAAAUGUUUACAGUCAUUUUUCAUUAUAAUAAAAUAUUAUGUGACAUGCC